ACGCAAAAAUGUGUUUUUUGUGUUUUUGUAUGUUUGUUUCGCUUUAAGGCGAAAGUUACUUAUCCGAUCUUCAUGAAAUUAGGUAGAAAUAUCAACAAAUAUAUCACAAAGAACAUAGGAUACUUUUUAUUACAAAAAAUAUUGCAGGAUGGCGUUAAAAUUUUAAUUGACUACUUUGACACAUAUUAAGUCCAUAAACAAGAAUGUAAUUAAUUUAACUAUUCUUUAAUUAAAAGUCUAAUAUUUAAUAAACACACUGUAUACGACUAGACUUAACCGAAAUAAAAUUAUACGUUUUAGACGAUUUCAUAUUACAACAUGAUUAAAAUGCGUACAAGGUCAAAGUUUGAUGUAACCAGAAGAUUUCUGCUUGCCCACUUUUCAACUCUAAACAAUUGCGUGUUCUUAAAUAUUUCACACUUGCAUCAACGCGAAGAUAUUCCCAUUAUCUCGAUGCGCAUCAUGCAAUCGCUGUGCUCGAUUCUUUCUCAAGGUCACAACCAGUUCAUUCAACAUCCACGUUGUGAUAAGUAUAUAAACGUGUUGUGUGCGUGAACUGUCCAUCAAUCGACAAUCAUCACUUCAAUCAUCAACACAUCAACAUAUCAACAAUGUAUUUAUAUAAGUUCUUAUUAAUUACGUGUAUUGUAGUGAUUAGUAACGUGAAUAAUUCAUUAUGUGCAAAGUUACCUGAUUAUAUUAAAGCAUGCAGUUUAAGUGAUCCGAAAUUGAAUGAAUGUGCGGUACAAUCAGCGAGAAAUGCGUUUGCCUUCAUAGUUAAAGGAGAUAAAACCUUCAAAAUUUCAUCUUUUGCGCCAUUAAAACUGGACCAAGUCGUGAUUAAUGUUGGAGAAUCCUUAGAAAUGAAAUUAAACAAUCUAACAAUCACUGGAAUUGAUAUCGGAACAGUAAAUAAAGUAGAAAUAAAUCCCGAAACAAAACAAUGGUUGAUUGAAUUAUCCUCCAAACACCUAACAAUGAUAUUAACCUAUGAUAUCAAAGGAAGAAUCCUUGUUUUACCCAUUGUAGGCCAAGGACCCGGUAACUUAACCUUAGAAAAUCCUGUAUUCACUUACAAAUUCAACUAUGAGCUCGCCACCAAAGCAAACAACAGUUAUAUCAACAUGAUUGAUCCUCUGUUGACUUACACAACGAGUAAAAUGAAUUUCCACUUGGAAAACCUAUUCAAUGGCGAUGAGAGACUAGGCGGUGCAAUGAAUACAUUUCUAAAUGAAAACUGGUACGAUGUCAACGGUGAGAUUGGCCCGUCGAUAGCAGAGACCAUGAAUACCAUUGUGACGUCAGUGCUUGAGAGCUAUUUUAAUCGCGUGCCGGUUAAACAUAUUUUUACAGCAUAAAACCAAAAAUUUUAUUUUUAUUAGUGUAGGCAAUAAAAACGGAACAUAUUUGUAUUAAUAAAUUAAUAACUAUUAAUAACUAUGAAUAAAUAUUAAUAAAUAG